CAACCCUGACCCUGACGCCGACAUUUCGCGUAAUUACGUACAUUGUGCAUUUUGUGAUGCUGUCAGAAAAUUUGCGUUUUUACUCCGUGAGCGUUGUUCGAUGCAGAUUUAUGCGAUAUUAUGCAAUUAUCUGUCACAUAUGCACAGUGUGAUAAUUGCGACACACCUUUGCUGAGUUUCGGCGCUCAAACUUGUUUGUUAAACGACAUUGACGUGCACGUUCGUGUUUAACGGUUCCCGCUUUUCCUAACGGAUAUAAUUCAAUCAGAAUGUCUACAACUGGGAUGUCUACACGUUCCUCUUGUCUGAAAUCUCAUCACCCUUCUAUAAAGGCUGUACCUGAAAGUAAGCUCAGAUCUAAAAGAGUCAUUAAUAAAACCAAUAAAAGUUUACAAAAAAUUAAUGUUAAUGCAAACAACAAAAGAUUAAAUGUAUCAAAAAUAAAUGUGUCUGCAAAUAGCAGUCAAUCUUUACGAAGAUGCUUGCGUCCACGGAAUAAAAAAAAUUACUGUGAAGAUUCAAAAUUACUGCAGCAAUAUCUUUCACCAAAACAACAAAAGAGUGUGGUAAUGUUAGAGAACUUAGAUUUGGAAAAUAAUAAAAAAAUGCCUGUAUACAAAACCAUAAAAUCUCCUGAGAAAUCAUUAGAAAAUAAAAUGGAUGUAUAUGAUUUUAAAUUUGAUAUUAAUGUCAAAGAGAAAGUUACUAAGAAAAAGCAGAAGAGAAAAGUUAGCAAACAGAAAGGCAAAACAACUAAAAGAACUACACGUAAGAAGGUUACUAUACAAUCGCAAAUAAUUAACAAUGAAGAAAACAAAUUUCUUGGACUUGAUACAAAUACUGUAAAGUCUACACAAAAUAAUUCUUCAAAAUCUGCAAUAGAAGUGAUAGUUACAAAAUCGACAAAGAAAAAUAAAGAGAAAAUUAAGACACCAGAUGCAGAUAUUCAGAUGGUGCAAGAAUCAGUAAAGGAAGAUAAUGUGAUUGAAGAGAUUGAAUCACCAAGCAUAAAUACAGAUAUACAGAUUGUAAGAGAAUCAAUGGAGGAAGAUACAGAAAAGAAGAGUGAAACGCCAAAAAUAAAUAUCAAUAUUGAAACUGUAGGAGAAACAAGUUCAUCUGAUAGAGCAUUUCCAAAACAAAUUAAAAAGCAAAAUGCAAACAAGCCAAAAGUUAUAUCUAUCAAAAAUGCAGAUAAUAUUACAAUCCUUAAAUCACCACCAUCCAGCAACACUGAAGAGUUUUGGCCCUUUCGGCCAAAGAAUAUAUUUGAUAAUAAGACCUCGGUAAAACAAGAGAAAAACUCAUUAAAUUAUUCAUUAUUGACCAAAUCUUUAUCCCCUAUCUUGAAGACUAGUGCCUUGGAUCAGGAAAGUCCCUGUCGACUUCCAACAACAUUAAUGUUUUCUCAGGCUAAAUACUUUGCUCAAAGUACACCAAAAUUGAGAUUUGAAGAUAAGAAAAUGAAUAAAAAGAAUGUAAAAAUGAGUCAAGAAAAUAUGGAAAUAAAUAAAGAAAAUAUAGACAUGAAUAAAGAAAAUAUGGAAAUGAAUAAAGAAAAUGUGGAAAUAAAUAAAGAAAAUAUGGAUAAAACAAAUAUACGUGGAAGAGAAAAAGACAAAAAGAAGAAAAUGACUUUCCACAAAAAGCACAAUAUAAUUAAAAAAAAACUUCCAAUUAAUCAAAAUACAGAAAAAAAUCGGACGAUAGAUACAAACAAGCAUAUACAUGCAGCACCUGCCAGAAUUUCUCUAGGAGAAAUAAAGAACUUUUUACAGCAAAAAAAUAUAAGUGACAACAAACAAACAACAGAUGAAGUGCAUGUUAAAGAUGACAAAUCACCUACGAUGCAAAAAGAUAAAGAUCUUAUAAAUUUUCUCAAUUUUUCUGACACAUUUGAUGUCUUGUCUGAAACAGAGAGACUAUCGAAUUUUAGAGCUGAGGUUCCUUUGUUCAUGGAUUUAGAGCCCACACAUUUUUCGAAGCCGCCUCAACAUUCAUAUAGGAAAAAACGAACUGUAAAAUUUGACCUUCUGGAGAGUGACGAAGAACAAGAAGAGGAGAAAGAAAAUGUGAAAUAUCAAACAAAGAAGAAGAAACUCACAAAGUUGACAAAAGAAACUGAAAAAAAAAUAGAAGAAUGGGCAAAAUCUGUUAAUAGUACAUUCGAAGAAAUUGACGAAUAUGACUUGUUAAUUGAGUAAUAUAGAAAGCAGAUUACUAAAACACAUAAUUAAAAAUUUAAGAAAGCCUGAAAGUGCAAAACACUAAA